AUGAAACAUCCCUUAAGCAUGUCACGCUCAAAUAAACCGGUUGGUCAAGAAGCUGCUAGUUCGGCACAUAUCGAUAGAGCACACCAGUUGGCACAAGAUUUUAACAGCAAACAAGAUGAUACGGCACUAACUUCAUUGCCACACAAGAACCCUGACAUAUUUAGGUUUGAGAAUAACAUCACGGCCCAUAGCUCACGUCGUGGUUCACUUUAUAGGGAUAGUGAUGCCACUGUCAUUUUGCCACUCUCUGAGCGCUCCCCUAGAUUGUCGAUGGACGAUCCAUACCGCCAAUUAUUACAACAGGCUGAAAUCUCACAGCUACGAAGCAAGAAAACAAGACAUUCGAGUCGGACUCUUCGAGUCUCCUUUAUAUUAUUUGUGGUGUUGGUUUCGUCGUUGUCAGGGCUGGACCAGGGUCUCAUUUCCGGCAACGUUAUGACACUAUCGUUUCAAAAAUUCUUCCAUUACCCAUUAACCUCUUCAUUAGGUAUCAUUGUAAGCGUCGUUAACUUCGGAGCCUUUAUGGCGUCUUUGUUUGUUUAUUCUGGUGUCUUGGAGGUUUAUAGCAGGAAGAAAAUGCUCCAAAUAAGCACAAUGAUAUACUCUUUGGGCGCUUUUAUCCAAGUUUUUGCUCUGAAUCAAUGGUACCUACUAUUUGGUAGAUUUAUACUUGGUGUGGGUAUGGGGUUUGCAUUUUCCAUGAUAAUAGUUUAUCAAUUCGAGUUCCCCCUCCCAUAUAUAAGAAAAAGAACGCUUAUUUCCAUUCAGUGUGUUUCCAAUGUUGUUGCGUAUUCAUUAGGGAUUUGGAUUAACUGUGCUUUUAGAUACUGGGGUUUUGCAUGGAAAUACCCCUUAUCGACACAUGUGUUCCUGGGGGUAGCGCUAAACUUGAUGUCGUUAUACCUAGUUUUAGAAUCACCCACUUGGCUAUUAAAGCAAAAAAAAGAUGUGGAAGCAUUAGUUUUGAUAUCAAAUAUAUUCGAUGAUUGCGACUUUGAAGAAAAUCAAAGUCAGUUAAAGUUCAGAACUUUGAAAAGAGACAUGCUUCUAAAAUCACACCUACAAAAAAACAGUUAUCCAUACUCAUAUAUCUUCAAAGAUUUUUCUCCAAUAAUAAAAAUUCUACUAGGUUUCCAAUUGUUUACACGAUUAAAUGGUGUUGACGCCUUCUUAUACUACUCACCGCUAAUACUACAACAAGUUGGUAGGGGAGAAAGAAAAUCUAUCUAUUUAACCGGAUUAAAUGCCUUGGUAUACACUGUGGCGACUUUAGCAUAUUUCCCCAUGGUACUUCGAAGACGGAAGGAAAAGAUGAACGUACUAUUAGGUUCUGUCAUUAUGAGUGUUUUAUUGUUCACCUUGUCUUUCACAGAUUGGUUUCCCAAGACUACAACGAGAUAUAUAUCAAUAUUAUUCGCAGUAUUUCUUCUUACACACUUUAUCAGUUGGGAUUCUACUGGGUGGAUUAUGACCAUUGAGCUUUUACCCCACUUAUCACAGGCCCCAGUAAUACUGCUAAUCUCUAACUUUUAUUGGUUCUUUAAAUGGUUUGCCAGCCUAAUAACACCUAUACUUAUUGACCGUCUUUCUUGGAAGUUUUACCUUAUUCCAUCUUUAUCUUCUUUCAUAUCCAUAAUCUUCGUGUUACAGAAUUUUCCUAUCGAGACUCAUGAUGAGAGGCUGGAAUCUGCUGAUGAUUCUGCUGGCAAUGAUAGUGCCAACCAUGACGAUGUUUUUGGCGAUAGUGGUUCUGAACUUUCAUCCUCGCCUUCUUUUUCUGCGUACCAGAUAAAUACUUUAGGAAGUAGCAUUAAACAAAACAACCAAGCAUACUCAUCGACUGAGGCCAACCCAGCUAUAUCCAAGGAUAACGGCAUACCGAGUCAGCCGGACGGAUCUGCACAAAACGUUUAUUUCAUUACAUCCGAUUCUGGACCAUCAAGGACGGGUGAAUUUUUCAGUUUCCAUAAUAAAACUGAUCCAACGAUUGGAAAUGUUAGCAAUGCUAAUGAAGAGCUCUCAAAUGGGGAACGGAAUCCACCUAGCAACACGGUGGCAGCUUAG